GGCUGUCAGUAUAAAUUUGAACCUUGAAUAAUGAACUUCCCUUCUGUGAAAUCUUUAUAUAAAAAUUUGGGCUGUUUUAAAUUAAGCUUUAAACACAUAGAAGAUGCACGAAGGAGUUACAAAAUGACUUUUAAAGUUAAUUGAGCCUCAUUAGAAGAAGAUUUUGUUGUGAGUAGAUCUGGAAGCCACGAUGACAUCGAGCAGACUUGACCGUUUAUUCGUCUUAUUGGAAACCGGAAGCUCGGCAGUCACGCGAUCUGCCGCCGCAAAGCAGCUGGGCGAAGUACAAAAAUUACACCCGCACGAAUUAUACACGUUACUCUCACGUACCGCAUUGUACCUACGAUCCACCAGUUGGGAAACGAGAAUUGCGGCCGCCGAGGCCGUCCGGGCGAUUGUGGCGAAUGUGCCACAGUGGGAACCCGUCGGACUCGAAUUCAAAACCGAGGAAACUCAGUCGUUAUCGUGCGUCGGUAGACUGCAAUUUAAUCAAUUUAAUAUGGAGAAGGUCCUAGCGAACAGUACACAACUCAUGGCGUCCGAAGGGCGCGAGUACGAUUUAGAGGAAGAUUCCGCACUAGGUAUAGACACAAAAGAGAAAUUGGCCAAGCAGAGACAGCUCCUCAACGCUCGUCUAGGCUUGGACGUAGUUUCGAAAAUCGGAAUCGAAAUUUCCGGCUUGUUUACGAACGAAGACUUGUCCACCCCGACGCCUGACGCACAAGAAAACAAUUUUAAAUGGGAGGACAAUAAUAGGAAACCCCUCCGAGACAUCGUAUCGGGCCCGGGAAAAAUCAUUGGGUUAAGCUCGAGGGAGAUGAACAGGGCGCGGCGGAAAGCGCGACAGGCAGUAAGUAAGCAGAGAUCUCGGGAACCUGCCGAUGAUAAUAAUUUCGAAGAACCCGACAAAAAGAAGACAAAAUUUGAAGAAGAUAAUAAUUACACUAAUUGCGCGAUUGAAUGCGAUGGAGGGGAUUCCGGCGAUUGGCCGUUGGAGUGGUUUUGUGAUCAGUUAAGUCAAGACUUGUUUAGUAGUAGCUGGGAGUCACGUCACGGUGCCGCCACUGCACUUCGCGAGGUUAUAUCCGUCCAUGGCGCUGGAUCUGGAAAGUCCACUUACUUGUUACAGUCUGAGAUGGAUGAGUAUCAUCAAAUUUGGUUAGAAGAUAUUGCUUUAAGAUUACUAUGCGUCUUGGCGUUGGAUAGAUUUGGAGAUUUCGUGUCGGAUGCAGUAGUCGCACCUGUCAGGGAAACCUGCGCCCAGUGCCUAUGCGCCGUAAUGAAGUUAAUGGACGAGAAGAGCUGCAGGGAAACUUUAAAAGUACUCAUUCAGCUUCUAUCGCAAAAGGAAUGGGAGGCCCGCCACGGCGGUCUGCUGGGUUUAAAGUACCUUCUCGCAGUAAGAGAAGACAUGAUCAACGUGCUUCUCUGCGAUUCCUUUCCGUACAUUCUCCAAGGGUUGUCCGAUCCGGUCGAUGACGUUAGCGCCGUUGCCGCGUCCGCUCUAAUACCAAUAGCGCCUAAACUGAUGGAUCUGGUACCGCAGUAUGUCCCGACCGUCAUUGAGAAACUAUGGGACUUGCUUUCAGAGCAAGACGAACUAGCUGCCGCUUGUAACAGCUUUAUGGGACUUUUAGCCUCGAUUUUGAGUUUGCCAAAAGCGCAAAUUUCGCUUCCUCCGCAACCGUUAAACGACGUAGUUCCGCGACUGUGGCCGUUUCUCAGUCACAACACCUCUUCAGUAAGGAAAGCGACUUUGCAAACUCUUAAAACGCUGACGGAGAAACCCAUCAAUAGCGAGAUACUCCAGUGGGACGCCCAAUUGUUGCAGGAUGCAAUGAGGCACGUUUUUCAACGGGUGCUGGUCGAGCCCAAUGUGGAUGUGCGGAACGUCGCCGAACAAGUGUGGACGAAUCUCGUUAAAAAUUCGGGACUUGUCGAACUGCUACACGCGUCCUGCCCGUUUAUAAGUGUUUGGUUAUGUUUAAGCAUGCAGGGAGUUCGGAUUGCGUUUGAUUCUGGCAUGUUUAUUCGCGCGAAGACGUCUAGAGAACGGCGAAGGUAUGCUAUCGAGGGCAUGCAGAAAUUCGACGAUACUGCGCCUCCAAAGUUAUAUCUUGGUGGAAGCGAAACUACCCCUUUAGCUGUGAGGGAGGCUAACUCGAUGCAGGUGCGGUGUAUGGCUGCUAGAAUGUUAGGUCAUCUAUCGUGCUACAUAAUCAAACCUGCUCCCGGAAUCGACUACAGUCAAAAUGUGGAAAAGCCAAUCGACUGUUACGUGAAAGUCUUACUAGUUUACCUACAAUCGAAAUCUGCCCUGCAACGUUUAAUGGCGGGCUUAGUUAUAGCCGAAUGGGCGAAGCUCGACAAGGGGACUGGCGAGUGUCCCAUCUUACUACGGCAACGACUUCACGCGUGCCUAUGCGAAUAUGUCUACUUCGACGAAAUUGCGGUUAGCUUUACAAGACUGGCGCAGGAAACGAAGGACUUCAUUGCCAUGAUGAAACACUACAAGGUUCCUAUAACCGUGGAGAACGAUAGCGUUUUAACACUGGAGCACAUCCAACAAUUGACCGGUCCCGAUACCCACGUCACGCUGCAGAAGGUUAAACUGAAGCCAAAAGUGCAGGAGAGCUUGGAGGAGCGACGCAGAAACAUUCAGGGCUCCGUGUCGCAAACGAGCAGCGAUCAGUUCAUGCUUAGCGUUAGUACUUUGGCGGCGCUAUCCGGGGCGAUCGUCAUGUUCCAUUCACUACCAGAGAAAUUAACACCGGUCGUUAAACCGCUGAUGGAAUCGAUUCGCAAGGAGAAAGAUGAAAAUUUGCAAAAGUUAACGGCCGAACAUUUGGCGCAGUUACUGAAUCAGUGUCGCGAUCGCGCUCCAUGUCCUAACGACAAGAUUCUCGUCAACUUGUGCACGUUUUUAAGAUGUGAUCCAGAAUUUACUCCAGUAAUUCAUCACAACCAAGGUGCGAUCUCCCCGCCCGCGGUAUGCUCAUCAACGCCCCUGUGGAAUCGUUCCAUCGGCAAUUACAACGGAAUCGUUAUGUUAAACAAUCUACAGAAGAACGCUGAGAGGGCGGCGUUUCGCAGACUGAACAGCGCGGGACGAGGGCCGGGACGGCCGCCUGCCACCGACAUUCCACUGGAGGAGCUCUUCAAGGAAGAAAACGAAACGCAAAAGGCGAACCAAAUUCAGAGGCGUGGCGCGACGCUGGCGCUGACCGAAAUCGUGAAAUAUUUCGGCGAGAAUCUCCCAGCGUUUCUGCCGAAGAUGUGGGAGCUUAUGGUGGGACAGUUGGUGAAAAUAGUUAGUCCGGACGAGUUCGUCGCCGAGACCUGGCUGGGGAAGUGUAGCGAGUCGGAACAGUUAGUGUGGGCGUUGCAGGUUCUGGAGGUCACUUGCGAUAGUGUGCACGUAAAUUUGAGACCGGCCAUGAUGGACGAUAGUAUUCCGCGUAUUUGUGUUCUAUUAGCUCAUCCUUUUAGGGCUGUGAGACAUUUAGCUUCACGGUGUUUAGCCGCCCUCGCCAAUAUCGAUUCGGUUCCCGUAAUGGAGUUAGUUGUCGAAAGGGUGUUACCGAUGUUGGGCGCCACCAGUAAUGAUAUUGAAAGACUAGGAGCCGUCGAAGCUAUCGCGUGUAUUGUCGAGACUUUACAAUUUAACAUCGUUCCUUAUGUCGUUCUUCUGGUCGUGCCGUUACUCGGUCGUAUGUCCGACCAGAAUCAGUGCGUGCGCCUAAUGGGUACUCAUAGCUUUGCGACGUUGGUACAACUCAUGCCCUUAGAUGGAGUCGUGCCUGAGCCGCCGUCUUUUAGAACCAGUGGGUUGGUCGGAAAGCGGAACAAGGAGCGGGAAUUUUUGCAGCAGCUGCUGACGCCAUCUAGCAUUCCGGAUUAUGAAGUACCUGUACCGAUCGAUGCCGAAUUGCGAAGUUAUCAGCAAGCGGGCGUCAAUUGGUUGGCAUUUUUGAAUAAAUAUAAGCUACAUGGAAUUUUGUGUGACGAUAUGGGCCUCGGCAAAACACUCCAAUCCAUCUGUAUUUUGGCGGGCGAUCAUUACGUACGCGAGCAAGAGUACCUGAAAACGAGAGCUGCCGAUUGUGAACAUCUUCCGUCUCUAGUCAUAUGUCCGCCUACGCUUAUAGGACAUUGGGUUUACGAAGUAGAAAAGUUUCUUUCGCAAAAAUACUUAAAUCCGUUGCAGUAUAACGGAAAUCCGACAGAAAGAGAGAAAUUACGUAGGAAAUUUAAAAAGCACAACCUGAUUGUCGCGUCCUACGAUAUCGUACGUAAAGACAUCUCUUUCUUUUCGGCGAUAAAGUGGAAUUACAUAAUUUUAGAUGAAGGUCAUAUUAUUAAAAAUGGCAAGACGCGUACUAGUAUUGCCAUAAAGAAUCUAGUCGCGAAUCAUAGACUGAUUUUGAGCGGUACCCCCAUACAAAAUAACGUUUUGGAGCUGUGGAGUCUGUUUGACUUCCUAAUGCCCGGCUUUUUGGGCACGGAGAAGCAAUUCACCGCGCGAUAUUCGAAACCGAUACUGGCGAGCAGGGAUCCCAAGUGUUCGACGAAGGAGCAGGAGGCCGGAGCGCUCGCGAUGGAAUCUCUGCAUCGGCAAGUUUUACCGUUUUUAUUGCGAAGAAUGAAGGAGGACGUUCUUGACGAUCUACCGCCGAAGAUUACUCAAGAUUAUUAUUGCGAAUUAAGCUCAUUGCAGGAACAGCUUUAUGAUGAUUUCUCAAAAUCGCAAGCGCAUCUCACUCUACAGCAAUCGUUCUCGACGGGCGCCACUGCCAGUUCAAUGCAAGGCAACACGCACAUCUUCCAGGCCUUGCGAUACCUCCAAAAUGUGUGCAACCAUCCAAAGUUGGUUCUGAAUUCGUCCCAUCCUCAGUAUUCGCAAAUCAUCGCUCAGCUGCAACAGCAACAGUCUCUGCUGGACGAUAUCAAUCAUUCCGCGAAGCUACCCGCCCUCAAGCAACUUCUGCAAGACUGCGGUAUUGGUUCGACCGAAACGCAAAAUUCGGAAUUGGUAAUAAACCAACAUCGCGCCUUAGUUUUUUGCCAGCUAAAGGCCAUGUUGGACAUAAUCGAGUUCGAUCUAUUCAAGAAGAAUAUGCCGUCAGUUACCUACCUUCGACUGGACGGAUCCAUUCCUCCAGGACAAAGACAUUCCGUUGUUACAAGGUUUAAUAAUGAUCCGUCCAUUGAUGUGCUCUUACUCACGACGCAAGUCGGCGGGUUGGGAUUAAAUUUGACCGGUGCAGAUACGGUUAUUUUUGUCGAGCACGAUUGGAAUCCAAUGAAAGACCUUCAAGCUAUGGAUCGGGCGCAUAGGAUCGGUCAGAGAAAAGUGGUGAACGUAUAUCGGUUGAUCACUCGAAAUACACUUGAGGAAAAGAUUAUGGGGCUUCAGAAGUUCAAGGUCCAAACGGCGACAACCGUGAUCACUGGAGAAAACAGUCGUCUCGAAUCGAUGGGCACCGAUCAACUGCUCGAUUUAUUCUCACACAAGCCUCUAACCGGAAGCGGUUCUGUGGGCGGCCGCACAGAUGCAAACGGCGUUCGCGCCUUAUUAGACUCCCUGCCCGACUUGUGGGACGAAAGACAGUAUGAGGAUGAAUACGAUUUAUCUCAGUUUAUGGAUAAGUUACAAAAUUAAUUUUUUUUGUAUGCGUUUAAUUAAUAAAUUGUCUCUAGUCGUUUUUGACGUACACUUAGAAGAGUUUUAUAAUUUAGUACAACGAUCGAUUCUGUAUUAGGGCCUAAUUUCUUGUAUCCACUUGCAUGUAUUAAGUUGAGAAUAAUUUGGAAUUAUAGUUUUAAUGAUGUUAAUGUAUAGGUAGUGUGUGUGUAACUAGCCAUAAUUUAUUUAAGUAACUUUAAUUAUCAUAUUUUACACGCUGUAUAUUGUAAUAGAGGCUUAAACCACA